GCAGGGGCGAGGGAGCGGCGGAGGGGUGUGUGUGCAGCGGUGUGCGUGUGCACGCGUGUGUGCACGCGGGAGUGCAUGUGUGUGCACGCGUGUGUGCACGCGGGAGCACGUGUGUGCAUGCGUGUGUGUGCAUGCAUGCAGGCGGGAGCGUGUGUGUGCAAGGGAGCACACGAGGGGCUGUGUGCAGGGGUGUGUGUGCACACGUGUGUGCAUGCGGCAGUGCAUGCAUGCAGGCAGGUGUACAUGCGUGCAGGGCCGAGUGCGUGUGUGUGUGCACACGUGAGUGCAUGCGUGUGCACGCGUGCAGCUGGGAGCGCCCAGGCGGGCGUGCAUGCGCGUGCCCUGCGGCGGGGUGCGUGGAUACACGCGGGCACCCAGGCGUGCACGAGUGCCCGGCGGGGCCGGUGGGUGCACGCACGUGUGCAGCGCAGGCAGGUGUGACGUCCCGCACCGUGUGCCGCCCCCGGCUGCAGCCAGGCCGGGCGGGCAGAGCAGGGCUGGGGGCUGGCGGGGGCUGCGCGCUGAGCCGGGCGCCGGCACCGCUCGGUGCUUCCCUCGGCCGCCUGCAGAUGUCAUUCGCGCCAUCCGUGCGGCGAGCUGCGCCCGGCAUGCGAGGCUCCCGUGAGCCGUGCCCGCCGCGGCCCCCUUGCACCGGCCUGCGCCCUGCGUCGCUGCACCGGGGCCUCCCCAAAGCCCCGCGGCGGCUCGGCUCGCUGGGCAUCACCGUGGCGGGGACGGCGAUGCUGGGGUGGCGGUGGCCUUGCACGGUUGGACCCCCCCCACCCCGAGCACCCCACGGGGCUCCGGCACAGGGGAAGCCGAGCUUCCGCGGGGGCCGGCGCUCGGGGCCCCUGUCCGGCUGCGGCUACGCCCCGCGGCGCGGCGGACCCGCCCGUUCCUCUUCCCGGCGCAGCCGGCAGCGCCGAGGGGCGAUGGGGCGCCCGGGCGCCCGGCUGCUGCUGCCGCUGCUGCUCGGUGCCGCGGCGGCGGGGCCCUGCUUCGACGUGCCGCCCAACGCCCCUGCCGAGCUGGACCUCACCAACCGCACGGCCUCCUGCCCCGUGCUGGACUGGGCGCCCUUGGCCACCCGCCGCAGCCUGCUCCUGGCGCACAACGGCAUCGGGGCGCUGCCGCCGGACGCCCGCGCCGGGCCGGCGCUGGAGGUGCUGGACCUGUCGCACAACGAGCUGCGGCGGCUGCCGGACGCUUUCCUGAGCCAGGCGCGGCAGCUCCGCGACCUCUUCCUGCAGCACAACCGGCUGCGGGAGCUGCCCGCCGGCUUCCUGGCCGCCGCGCCGGCCCUGCAGCGCCUGCGCCUGGAGGGCAACCCGCUGACGGCGGUGCCCGCCGGCGCCCUGCCCGCCCGCCUGCGCCUGCUCGCCCUGCCCUGCCGCUGCGACGCCGUGGGCAGCGCCCUGGGCGCCUGCGCCUGCCGCCCGCCCGCCUGCGAGCCGCCCGCCUGCCGCUGCCUCUCCGACCGCCGCGAGCGCAACGCCUCCGACUUCCACGAGCAGCAGUGCCGCGGCGGCGGCGCGGGGCUGGUGGGCGCCGGGGUGGGGGCCGCCGCCGGGCUGCUGGUGCUGGUGCUGGCGGCGGUGGCCGUCGUGCUGCGCUGCAGGGGCAGGGGGGCUGCGGCGGGGCGCCGAGCCAAGCGGGACCCCCCCGCCGCCCCCGCGCAGCCCCGCUACGUCAGCCGGGCCGCCGAGCCCGAGAGCCCCCCCCCCGCCUGCCUGGCCCUGGAGUACGAGAACGUCUUCGUGGGCGCCGGCGGGCCCCCGGCCUGGCAGCGGGCGCCGGGCAGCCCCCCGGCGCCGGCGGACGACGACUAUUUCCUGGAGAGCACCGGCAGCGCCGGGGACCAGCCCAUCUACGCCAACACGCAGGGCCCCUGCGGAGACGACGACGUCUACGUCAUGCCGGACGAGUGAGGGGCGCGGGCGGCCCCCGGCCCGCGGGGACGCACGGCUCCUCGCUGCUGUGCUGCUGCUGCUGCUUUUUUCUUUGCAAUCACAGCAAACCGCAGUGCAGCUCCUUCCUGCCGCGGCAGCGCUCUGCCUGCUCCGGGCACGUGAGCGCAGCGCCGGGCGCCUCUGCCCGGGCUUGCCCCACGGCGGGCGGCGCGUGCUGCCGGUGCAGGGCCCCACGUGCGCCCUGUGGCUGGACUAUUUUUUCCCCGGCUUCGCGGCGGGGGCUGAGGGCGGCGCUUCCCCCCCCCCGGGGGGGCCGCAGCAGCGCUGGCCUCCCACCCCCAAGCAGGACCGCUGAGCCGGCUGCGGUUUCCUCUUCCUCCUCUGGCGCAACGGCCCCGCGGCAGCCCGGCUGGGGCCUUUCCCACCCCCACAUCUGUCCAUCCGUCCAUCCGUCUGUCCAUCCAUCCACGCAUCCACACAUCCACCCACGCAUCCAUCCACCCAUCUGUCCACCCAUCCAUCAUUCCAUGUGUCCAUCCGUCCAUCCAUCCGUCCACCCAUCCAUGCAUCCAUCCGUCUGUCCAUCCAUCCAUCUAUGCAUCCAUCCGUCCGCCCAUGCAUCCAUCCAUGCAUCUGUACAUCCAUGCAUCUGUCCAUCUGUUCAUCCAUCCAUCCAUGCAUCCAUCCACCCAUCCGUCUGUCCAUCCAUCCAUCCGUUCAUCCAUCCAUCCAUGCAUCCAUCCACCCAUCCAUCCAUCCGUCUG